UGAAGGGGAGGGUAUGAGUGAGCGCCCCCCCCCCCCCCGUUCAUGGUCUGAGUGCCUGCAAAAGUGGGCAGAAGUAGGCUUUGGGGGGCCUUGGGAACAGCCCUCCAGGUCUAGGCAUGUGGAUCCUGCCUGGCAUGUGGACCCCUCCUUGCUGUGGGACCCCUGUGGUCUAUAGACCUGCCGACAGGGUGUCCUCUUAGAGGUCCUGCAGCCUUCCCUGUGGCCCUUGUCUUACGCCCACAGGGUGGCAGUUGGGGUGCUCUCUGCCUCAGCCUUAGCUGGGGUACCCACUCAGUGUAGGGGCCAGUGUGCCAUCCAGGUGUUGCCCGCGGGGCCGAGGCUGUCCCUUGAGGGGCUCCUUGGGGGCCUCUUGCACUGCGGGUCUUCUGGAUGUCACCCUCUGGCAGGGCACCACUGCUGCCCGGGGUGGGGACCCCCUGGCCUCCCCUCUCUCCUUGCUAACACCCCCUGCAUCGGAGGCCCCUUCGUGGGGUGCUGUGGGUUACAUGGAGGGGACCCUGACACCCCUCACAGCAAGGGGCAGUGAGCAUGUGGCCCAGGAGCUCAGGGUGAGUGAAUGCGUGUGCCUUCGUAUGAGCACAAGUUUAGCGCUCAAGAGUUUUUAGCUGCUUUUGAAUGCCCGGCAAAAGAACCAGGGGCUGACUUCUGUGUGGGGUCCAGUCCUGGCUCUGAUGCCCGGGGACUCAGGGUGACGUUUGCUGACACACCUGCCUGUCACGACCGCGGUUGGGGGUGUGGGCAGCUUUGGGCAGGGGCUUGUCUCCCACACCUGGACUCCGGCAGACUUUCCAUAGCGGGCCGCACAGCACCUGUUUUGGGCCUGGCUUCCGUGCAGCUCGGGAAGACCGCCAGGGCAGCCCGAGCGAGCAAGCGUGGCUCUGUGCCGGUAAAUCCUGACUUAGAAAACCGGCGCUGGCUGCUGGGGCCGUGGGGUCUGUGCACCCAGUGCCAGGUGAGGGAAUGACCCGGGGCCCCCUUUCCCACCGCUGGUCCGCAAGAGUCUGAGCCCAUCCUAGUGUGGAAAUCCACCAGUGCCGGAUUCCCACGAUGGCUGAGAUGCAGGAAGCCGUGUGCACACGCAGUCAGCACCUACGUAGGGAAAGGACUCUGCUGCCGCUUGGUCAGCCAGGACGCAGGGCCUGGGGCUGCAGGGGUCGCAGCACAAGCCGUCCCAGGCCACAGGGCAGGUGAAGAGCCACAUGCCCAGAGGAGGAUGAGGAGGGGAUGGUGGGGCUCAUCAGCCACCAGAGCACAAUCCCACCGGGGAGGGAGCUGGGUGGUCCCUCUCCCCAGCUGGCCCUACUGCUCCCCCCACCGCCUUUUCCCUUCCUCUUGGCCACAGGUUACGGGCAGGUCAGCCCUCUGGCCACACAAAGGGCAGGAGCAGGCUGCCCGGGCCAGGUGGCCAUGGACCUUUGUUUGCUGGACUCUCUGGUCAUGAAGAGAAGACGUGAGCCCCUUGCCACCACCCCCCCCGCCCCACCCACGAGGACUUUAGAUUCAGGGCAUGGCCACAGGUAGAUGAGAACCUGAUGGGAAGGAGGAAAACUACAGUUUCCAGGCUUUUCCCAUGAACUUGAAUUAAACAAAAAUGGGGCAGUGUUUGCAUGCAGACCUGCCACCAUGUUUAUUAGUUCGUCAAUCUCGUGGCCCUGAAGACCAUGGGGAGGCGAUGCCCUCCGUCCCGUCUGUGCCCGGCUCCCGGCCCUGGCGCUUGGGGGCUGUGCGGGGGGCGGUGAUGUCAUGGACGGUCGGCCCUUCUCAGCUUGCCUGGAUGCUUCUGGAGAACAGCAAAUGGGGAAACCAUUUGAAAAUUGAAACAGUGGAAGCGUCCAUCUGUCAUUUCUACUCUGGUCAGAUUCGAAGUGGGGAGUGGGGACAGAAGUGUCGUGUUCUAAGCCUUGUUUCCCGCAACUUGGUGGAAGUCUGCUUUUGUGCUUACAAAAACAACAGCUUUUAGCUGAAGCGGUCUUGCGAGAUUGCAUCACGUUUGUUGAAAAGUCAUGGUGCUCGCCACUGGAGAAAGGUCCGGCCUCUUCGGCCUGCCCCUGUCGACUCCGCUGCCCCAGCCCGAGGACCCCCCUGUCAACGGCUGCCACGGCCCGGCCCCCAAGGAGCAGGACGGAGAGGCGAUGCAGCUAGGGACGGGCCCUCCGCCGCCUCCCUGUGGGGAACAGCCCCCCGAGACCGCAGACCCCAAGCCGCCCCCACCCCUUGUGCCACCGUUCCCGCCGUAUUUCGAAGGCGCUCCCUUCCCUCCCCCGCUCUGGCUGAGAAGCACCUACCGACAGUGGGUACCGCAGCCGCCACCCCGGACCAUCAAGAGGACCCGCCGACGCCUGUCCCGUAACCGCGACCCAGGCCGGCUCGCCCUGAGCCCCAUCCGCCUGCGGCCGCGCCAAGUACUCUGUGAGAAGUGCAAGAGCACUCUGAGCCCCCCCGAGGCCAGCCCCGGCCCCCCAGCUGCCCCUCGGCCCCGCCGGAGGGUGGGCGGUGGCCCCGGCCCCAACAGGGAGCCCCGCAAGCUCGAGGACCCUGAUGGUGGAGGGGACACGACGGCCACCAGCACGAGGAGAAGCAAGAGGGAAAGGCGGGAGGAGGACAAGGCCCAGGUCCCCCGGAGCCCGGCCAUCAAGAUCUCCUACAGCACGCCGCAGGGCAAAGGCGAGGUGGUGGAGAUCCCCUCCCGCGUGCACGGGUCCCUGGAGCCCUUCUGCCCCUCCCAGGCCCUGCACGGGGGCAGCCAGGAUCCCGGUGGGCCCUCCGCCUCUAUCCCCAGGCUGAAGCUGACGCGUCCCGGGCCCCCUGGCACCGACCUGCCGCCCCCCAAGAUCCGCUUGAAGCCCGACCCCCGGGGGGCUGGGGAGCGGGAACCCGUCUACAGGGCCGAGCUGGUGGAGGCGCUCAAUGGCCACGGGCGAGGCCCCCGGGCCAGCUCACCCGCGCUCCUCGGCCACGGCUCUGCCGGCGGCGGGCUGCUGGACUCUUCUUCUGGAAGCUCUGGCGAGGAUGAGGACUUCAAGCAGUGUCCCCCAGGCCAACACGGGCAAGAGAGCCUGGCUUUCCUCGCCACCUGCCCCAGGCGGGGCACAGAGUGUGCCAGCGAGUCAGUGUGGAGCAGCGACAGCCUGGACGAGUCCAAAUCGUCCAGCUCGGAAGUCACAUCACCAGACACGUGUGACCUGUCGUCAGGUGACGGUGCGUCUGGGCUGCGGUCCUCGUCCAAGGACGUGAGGCAGACAGUCCCACCGCUCACGGUCCGGCUGCACACGCAGAGCGUCUCCAAGUGCGUUACCGAGGACGGGAGGACGGUGGCCGUAGGGGACAUUGUGUGGGGUAAGAUUCACGGUUUCCCUUGGUGGCCAGCGCGUGUGCUUGACCUCAGUCUUAGCCAGAAGGAGGACGGGGAGCCCUCUUGGCAAGAAGCGAAAGUCUCGUGGUUUGGUUCUCCAACUACGUCGUUCUUGUCUACUUCAAAACUCUCCCCUUUCUCUGAGUUUUUCAAACUGAGAUUUAACCGUAAGAAGAAGGGGAUGUACCGCAAGGCUAUCACGGAGGCUGCCAACGCCGCCGAGCACGUGGCCCCGGAAAUAAGGGAGCUCUUAACCCAGUUUGAGACCUAACUCGGGCGACCAGGUCAUCGACGAUGAGAGCACAGCUGUUCUGGAGCUUCCGACUUUGUGGGUGCCCUCUAAGUCCCCCAUUCCGUCUGAGGGACCCUGCGUGCCUUCUGGCCAGCUGUGUGCAGAACAUGCCCGGCCCGGGGAGGCUGCCUGCUCGCGGUUCCGCAGAGAGGAGUUGUGUCCAGCCCGGAGGACGGCCCCCACUAGCAGAGCGGUUCCUCUCCACUGAAUGUAUUUAUUCCCCUCACUCAGACUUCAGUUCUUCUGGUUUAUGAAAUUCCAGGAGCCCAGCCUCACGCCGCUGCUGCCGACUCGUCCGCGCCCGCGGGGGCGCCACGGAGUGGGGGCGGGGCACCCCGCGUCGGGCAUCUGGGGCCAGGCCCAGCACGGGGUCUCUGUGCACUUGAGAACCGGGGGCCCUGCCUCCCCCAUGUCCCUCCCAAAGCCAGGGUCCCGCCGGGUGCCCAGCACCUGCCCUCAGGGGCCGCCGUGCCCCCCCCACAGCUGGGCGGCUCCCCAGGCUGUGGGCCUGGGGCGGGUGCCGCUCUGGGAACGUUCAGACUUCCACAGGAAAGCAACCUGGCCCCGUGUUUGUAAGAGUGGGCUCCUCUCUCCUUUCUGUCACUUUGAAGACCAAAAAGAGAAAGAAACAGAAAAUGGGUUCUGCUCUUUCUUUGUUUAAACAUGAGCGAGAGUGAAGGGAGGUCUGUGUUGAGGCUGCGCUGGGGCGCUCUCAUUGCGUCGCGGGAGGACGGGCCUGUGGAGGGACGCGGCAGCUUUGAGAAGCAGAGGGCCCCGGGGAGGAGGAUGGGGGGCCGCAUCCCCUCCCCACCUGCUCCCUGCGGCUGCCCUGGGUGGGGCAGCAAGUCUGCAAACGGGGUGGCCUUGUUCUCCUGCCAGUGACACCUGCCGUCUCCUGGUUUCCUGGCUUGCUCACUCGAGCUGAGGGGCAUCCCAGAGAGGACGGUGGCAGCUUGGCCUGUCCCUGGUCUUACCAGAGCAUUUUAAGGGCCUCGCCGCCCCAGCUGGACUGCUCGUGGCCAGGCUGGGAGUGUGCGCGGGUGGGGGGCAUCUUCUGGUGCUCUCAGGACAGAAGAGGGCAGGACUCCCCUCCCCCGUGGUGCCCGUGGUUCUGGCCCUGACUCUUCCAAGUUGGGGGGGGGGUGUCACAGCAGAGCCAGAAUCCCACCGGAAUGAAAUCCUCGGGAGGAGCUGUUCUAGUCCGGGCCCCUCCAGCCCUCCACCCCCAGGGUCCACUGCUGGGAGGAAGACCUCACAUGAGUCCAGCAGGGCGGCGGGGCGGGGGUGUGCUUUGGAGGACGGAGAGAUGGUGCCAUCCUCCCCUUCCCUCCCCCCCCAGAAGCCCCCUCCCUGCCCUCGCUCCAUGGGUCCAGCAGAGCCCAGGCCCUCUGUGCUCACAGCUGCCCUAAGGCCCUGAGCCCAGCCCUUGGGUGCCCACUGUGAGGUAACACCUGGAUUGGGGGGCGGGGGCAGUACCAAGGCAGAGAGGGAGUGUUCUUGGGAAGCUAGGCAUGGCUCCUUGGAGAAGCACGUGUCUCAAGCGGAAUGGUGGGGACUCAGGGUCCCUGAGCUGGACGGCCACACGCAGCCCUGGACUGGGCACUUUCACCGCUAACUGCCUGGCCCAGGAUCCCAGCCCAGGGCCUGCGGGUCAGAGCGGCAAAACCAGCCCCCAUGGUCAGGUGUGGGGAUGACCGCUAAUGUGGGGGUUUGCAUCUGGGCACCCUUGCCCCAAACUCCAGAGCCCAGUGAGGGCCCCUGCAGGAGACACAGGCCGGUGCCCUCCUCCCAGCGGGAACCUUGCAGGCUGCAGCCUGGCCCCAAGACAGCCCUCAGGCUGGGGCUCCCCGGUCCCUCGUCUGCCCUGUGCCCCAUGGCCCAAUGCCACCUAGUGCUGCCUGUGGCCUGGGGUCUCCACCACGUGUCCCGCGGCCCGCUGGCUUGGGUGCCCAGGACUGUGUGGCACCCCAGGCUGCCGGCCAGAGGGCCUGGAUGAGAGCCAGCCUCACUCCCCUCCCCACCUCUACCGCAGCUGGGGUGCACUGGUCUCUGGCCAUGCAGGGGCAGCAGUUCUAACUAAAAGGAAAGACAGCUUUUUUUUUUUUUUUUUUUUUGUCUUUGUGGCUGUUUCUUUUAAGCAGAAAAUUAACCACGUUUUCUUGUCAGUUUGAUUUCACAGUAGCCACACCUCGCCUGUCUGUGCGACAGUCGUUCCUCCCAGGAACUGGGGGGCUGGUCCCUGGCGACACCUGGGUGCCCAGUAAUCUGGUACCCUGCCACCCCCUGGAUGUGAGGGAUGGGGGACAAAGGCAGCAGGCAGAGGGUGGGCUUCCCAGGGAGGAGGAGUGCUCUGGGGAGAGGUGCUGGGCGCUGGCUGGGGAAGGUUCAGCGGAGGAGGAAGGCUCCUGCCAGCUUGGGAGGGGCUGCGGGGGACGCCUUCUGCACAGAGGGACCCCACCCAGGAGCAUGGCCUGGGCGGGAGCGGCCAGCCUGCUCAGGGUGAUGAGGUCCUGGGUGUAGAUGGGGUGUGCAGCAGUGUGAGGCUGGGGGCAUCAGGGAGGCCAACGGGAGCCAUCCUGGGGCCCUGCCCGCUCUGGGUCCUGGCCUCUCUUGCAUCCCACCUGCGGGAGCUGGUCCAGCCAGGUGACCGUUUCUGCCCAUCUCCUCGCUGCCAGAGGCCUCAGUCCCCAGCUGCCACCCAUGGUCUGGACAGCGCUGCAGGAACUGCCACCAGGGCUGAGCCCACGUGGGCUCUCGGGGCCAGGGCCUGGGGUAUCCUUAGCACCGGCGUUUCUGGGCUGAACCCGUGUUGAGGAGAAGGACAGUGGAGGCCCACAGCCCACAGCUUAUAGGGGCCUGGCUCCCACCUGACACCCUGGGGUGACAGACAUUCAGUGUCUCUCCAGACCAGCCAAUCAGGGCAGAGGGACACUGCUGCUGGCUGUGGGGGGGUCUGAGGAGGGGCUGGUGGUGGGUCUAAGGACUGGAGGGGCUUCCUCUACUAUAGAAGGGGCCCUCGGAUGGAGGAGGGAGACCCAGACUUGCAGAGCAGCCCCGGAAACCAGCGUCCUAUGCUGGUCCCUGCAACAGGCAAUGUGGGGGUGCUACCCCAUUGUUUAGUUGGGGAGCCAACGCCUGGAGAGGGCAUGACUCAGGGUACUGCUGAAGGGACUUGGGACCUGAGGCUUAGGCUCAUCCUGCCCCUGCCAGGGAGACCGACCCCCUCUUCCAGCCCUCGGACCCCAUGGGCUCAUGACCUGGCCAUAUGGGGCCGUGUGAGGCUGCCUAAGGGCCUGGGCCUCGGGCAGCCUGGGCUUCACGAUGGGGGCAGGGCCUGGGCCACAGACGUGGUGGGUUGGGGGGAGCUGGGCCCUAGGACAGCUGGCUUCUGCUCCCCCGUAAAGUGCAGGAAUCCGUCACAUGUGUCCUGCUCGGCUGCUCUUGGGGGCAGUGGGGGUGGGGGAGAGGAGAUACAUAUCAAGUCCUCGCUGUGGCCGAGGGUCUUUGCCAUGCAAGGGACCUGCAAGUGACCACAAGUGCCCACAUUUUCCAGCUGGUUCCCCAUCCCCUGUCUGCCAGAUUGAAGGACCCCAAAGCCCUGGACACUCGGGAUCCUGCAGAGGUGGCCACCUCCCCCACCACCCCUCCCCCCACCAUGCCAGGGUAUGGGGGGGAGGGGUACCAGUUGGUACCCUCCCCCUUCUGCAAGGGUUCUGCUUCCCUCAUCCUAAAAUAACCACUUUGGGUGGAAGAAAAUUAGUAAAAUAAACGUAGAAAAGAAAAUAAAAAUCUCAUGCAGUUCCCCUCCCCCCUUCCUCACCUGACGGGCCUUCUGCACACUUCUCCCUGGGGGGCCUUUCUGGGCACUGGUAGGUGUCGGCCCUCGGCCUCCCGCCACCCAGGAGGUUCUGUUCACCUUCCCAGGGCACGCACAUCCUGGGGGCUCACCCCCUUUCUGCCUUCGGCCCGGGGUGUGUGCCGCGGGCAUCUCGACCCCCUUGACGCUGUGGGGCAGCUAUCAGCCGGCCUGAGGCCGGGGCCUGUGUGGCCUUUCUGGGUUCUGGGUCCUGGAGUCCUGGGUCCAGUCAGUGACUUGUCACCAGGGCCGCCUCCUUGCUGCGCCACCCGCAAGGGCACCCUUCGCAGCCCCACCUGUGGCCAGAGCAGGCCUCCUCACCCUGGAGAGCAGAGAUCAGAGUGGAAGGCCCUCAGGCCUCUGGCAGGGCGGCCAGCACCCUCGACCCUGUGCUUUCACGGACUGGACAUCCCUGACCACGUGAGGGAGGCAGGGCAGGGGGCUCCCCUCCCUCCUCGGUGGGGCUGAGGGCAGGGACCCAGGGGCCCCAAACCUGAGUGCAGCCUAAGGAGCCUGAAGGGGGGUCAGGGAUCAGGGUCCUCAUCUUGCUGACAAGGAGGCUGAGGCUAGGCUGAGGCCCGUCCUGGGGGAGGGGCCUGCCGGAUUGAAGGACCCCAAAGCCCUGGACACUGGGUGGUUGAGACAGAGAGAGAAUGAGCCUGGUACCUCGUCUUAUGCUCUUAUGCUAACCCCACCAUGGGGCCCCCACCCUCACAACCUCAUCUAAAUGGAACUGCUUCCCUGAGGCCCAUCUCCAAAAAAAAAAAAUGCCAGCCCAUCAGGGGUUACGCUUCAACCCCUGGAUUUGGAUUUUGGGGGGAAACAAACAUCCAGUCCUUAUCAGGGCAGGGGUGUCGACAGGCAGAGGGCAUCCUGACCAGCUAGGUGUGAGCUGGGCCUCAGGGAACAGCUAGGAAUGCAGACAGGAGGAGGGAGCCAGGAGGGCCAGGAGCAGACAUGCCCCCCGCCCCACGCGCAGGGCACCGGGGAGCGCUGAGGGUGGGGCCCAGGAUGGGGGCCUGCAGAAGGGGGUGAGGGGCCGUGGACGGGUGUGGGCAGCACCAGGGGUGGUGCAGGCUGGGGGCUCGGGGAGCACAGGGGAGAGCCUGAGCCCCUCACGGUGGGAGUGGCACUCCGUGGGCUGCAGACCACCAUGGGGAUGGAGGAGAGCCGUGGCUGGGCUGCUUGGUCCUGCACUGGGCCUCAGCAGGAGGGGACCGUCCCCCACGAGGAAGAAGGCUGGGGGCAGCUGGGUCCUGCUUCAGGGGGUCCCUCAGGCCCUGCCCAAACCACCAGCUCCCAUCAGCUCCCUCCCCUCUCCCUCACUCCCACCACUUGCGGUUCCGCUGGGGACCGGUGUCCAGGACCGGCACCCAUGUGGCAGCAGGAAGGGGAGAAUUUAGGGCCAACUGCUGUGAUAGGGUCCCAGACCCCAGGUCCCUAAUCUGGAUUCAGUUUCAAGCCUGAGGCUCCUAAUGGCUAUUUGUCACAGAGAGAAUGGUCGUAAUGAUUUGUUUGAGCAAUUCACUGCGUAUUUUUAGGGUAUGAUGGUUUUGCAACAGAGACACGCACGAGAGUCUGGGGAGCCCUUCAGACCACCCGCCCCGCCCCCCAGGGAGACAGGGAAGAGGUUCUCUCAAAAACACGCUUACUGAGAGGCAGCGGACAUGGCUUCAGGCCUCUUGUUCACUGUGUGCAGUGCAGUGAUUUCUAGAAUAUUCUAGAACACGCCCAUCGGCCCCCGACAGCCGUCCCCCAGCCCCUGGCAAUCUGUUUCUCGGGGGUUGUCUGUUGUGGGCUGUUCGUGCAGAUGGAGUCCUACACUUUGUGGACUGUGUCUGGCUUCCUUCACGGAGCGCAGCGUCUCCGACGACCGUGUGCCUGGUAGCACCUGUCCGCGCUUCCUUCCGUCUCCCGCGAGUCUUCGUCCAUCCGUGUGAGCGCCACGUUUUCUUCACGCAGCUUUCUCUCGGCGGGCAUCGGCUGUGUCUGUCUGGCCGCCAGGAGCAAGCAGCAACUCCGUGUGGGCCUCAGGGUCGGGAGACUGCAUCCUUCUCGUGACAGUGUCGUGACGGAUUUGCAAUCUCAGGGGAUCCGCUGUGACCUUGAAGAGCAGGCACUGAGUGAGACCCUGGCUUCUGGCCUGGGGCCCGGCUCCCCGACCCGGCAGGAUGCGGGCCUCCCCCCCACCCGCCAGAGAGCUCCUGAGAGGGUAGCCGGCGGGGCUGGGACUCCAGGCGGGGGUGGGAGUGGGGCACAGGCAGAACCCAAGCGCUCCUCGGUCACACAGUUCAAGCUGCCUUUCUGGUCACACGUCUCCCUUGGGGAUGGUCCCUAACCAGCGGUGCCCAUAGGAUGAGUUGAGGUCCGCCGGUCCAUCACGACUGUUCCGCUGAGGCUGGAGAGGAAAGUGAUGAGGCGUUCGGGCAACCACCUGUAGCCUGUCCCCAGCCCCACUGGCCUGGCCACUCAGCGUCACGCCCCAGAAGCCCCAAGCCCCCGUGGGAUGCUCCUUCAGGCAAGAGCUGGGUCCACCCCACCGGCGCCUGAUCCCUUGACCUGGCGCUCCGGUCACCAGCCUCCCUGGCUGAGCCCGCUGUGUUUCCGGGCCCACCCAUGUCCCCACCGCCAUCUCGCAGUGGGGAAUAAAACUCUCAGUGACCUAGCAUGUGGCUUUGGCAGGACGUGGAGGGCACGCCCAGGCGGACGAGUGCUCCCCGGCCUGUGGUCUUAGUAUGGGGCCUUGGUUUUUGCAUCAGGCUGUGUUCUCGGGGCAGCAAACUGGGGCCUCAGAGCUCUGUCCAGACGGGUCACACAGCGAGCAAGCGAGCCCCCGCCGGCUGACGCACUCCCCACAAACAGCCGUCACUCAGCUUAGUUCUAGAGGAAUCCUUGCUUUCUGAUUCACAUAUUGUGCCUUUUUUCCUUGAAAUAUUUGAUGUGUUCCAUUCCAACUUUAAACACAUUAGCUCUGAAGUAGACUAAUCAUUUAGCUUGUUAAACUGAAUUUGGCUCUGAGAUUUUAAAAUGGAAAAAAAAUCCUGCCAGAGCUAUACAUCUAAACAGACAGCACGGAUGGUCGUUCACAAGCAAAUGUAUCUCUUUCUCCAGGGAUCUGUGGUUGGGUUAGUAUUUACUGGGAGUGGAGAGUGUUUCACCCGCCAGGGCGAUAUCCAGCCUAUGCGACAGAUGUUAAACAUCGCUGCAGAAACGCCAAUACCUUGUUUCUUUUCAGAAAUGAGCUUUUUGAAAGCAAUGCUGAGAUUAAACCACACGUGCAUUCAGAAUGAAAAGCAUUAACGAAGAAUUUCAGAUCUGCAAAGCUGGGAAUGGAACGUUCUGGGCGUGUCCCAGAGGGGGCUGUUGGCGGUUGCCGCAUGCUUGCAUGCACGUGUCAACACGGACUGCACCUUCUUCGCCAUCCUGCUUCCGGUGUCCUCUGUCCCGUGGUUGUCACUGGCCGUGGGCAGUGGCCCUGGGACGUGUCGAGGGCUUGGCGGUCCCCAGGUCCCGCGCUGCUCCCUGGGGAGGAGGGGGCUUUGGCAGCCUGGGGACAGUUGUUUUCAUAAUUAAUAGACUUUAAAUGAACCUUAUAUUUUAGCGUAGCUUUGGGUUUACAGGAUAGUUAGGCAGAUAGUAGAGUUUCCUCCUCACAGGACUCGGCUUCCCUCCCUGUUCUUCACGCCUUGCAUGAGUGUGCUACUUUGUUGCAAUCGACGAGCCAGUACUGAGACAUUAUUCUGGAUAAUGUGCACGGUUUACACUAGGGUCACUGUGCAAAGCCAUCUGUUCUGUGGGUUUUGACAAAUGCAUGUGACAUAAUCCACCAUGAUGGUGUCCCGUGGGAUCGUUUCACUGCCCUGAAAACCCCCUUCGCUCCACCUGUUCAUUAAUGUUUUAAAGGAAUAAAGACACA